GCAACUCUAAUGACGUUGUCCGCGUUGACGAUAUUAAAGUGACUGACGUAUAUUUCUCCAGAUUAUUCAUCGAUUUGUAUAAAAGCAUAGUAUUAUUAUUAUAAUAACUUGUAUAUAAACCACAGCGUUUCGAGAAACACCAUGGGUUUAACAAUAUCUAGUGUCUUCACCAGGCUAUUUGGAAAAAAACAAAUGCGUAUCCUAAUGGUUGGACUCGAUGCCGCUGGCAAAACAACAAUACUUUACAAACUAAAACUUGGUGAAAUUGUGACUACCAUACCGACCAUCGGUUUCAACGUGGAAACGGUGGAGUACAAGAACAUCAGUUUCACCGUCUGGGAUGUCGGCGGCCAGGACAAAAUUAGGCCGCUGUGGCGUCACUACUACCAGAACACGCAAGGACUGAUAUUUGUUGUUGAUUCAAGUGACACAAAGCGAAUAGCUGAAGCAGAAAACGAACUUGCUAAUAUGCUAAAGGAGGAUGAACUACGAGAUGCAGUUAUUCUAGUGUUUGCUAACAAGCAAGAUAUGCCUAAUGCAAUGACAGCAGCAGAACUCACAAAUGCUUUAAAUUUGAACAACAUGAGGAACAGGCGUUGGUAUAUCCAAGCAACUUGUGCCACACAAGGUCAAGGACUCUACGAAGGGCUAGACUGGCUCUCAAAUGAACUCGCAAAGAAGUGAGACUUGAGUAUGAAAAAUGGGGACGAACAUCAAAAUUAUCCCUAAAAGGCACAACAAUCUUCCAUAUUGUGAAUGCUGUUCAGACUUAAUAAAACUGAGACAUUUUUUAAAAAUGUAUAUUAAAUGUAUCUUUAUUUUAUUUAGUUAUUGAGUAAGUGGCAGAUACAUAUUUAUUAUAAACACGAUAAAUUUUAUGUUUAGCACAGUUUCAAAUAUAGAGGUGUACUUUCAACUGAAUCAGAAUCAAAAUUACACCAGUACUUUUAGGAAAGUCGCCUUAUACAAACAUCUUUUGAUCAAAUAAAAAACAUCUGUUAAUAUAAAAAAAAAAUUAAAUCUAUUAAGUAUUUGAUUGUUCAAUCAUAUAAUUGCAACCUGCCUCAUUUGGAGUUGAAGGUAUCUUAAUCAGUUGUUGAUAAUUAAGUUUAAAAAUACUACUAACUCCUAUAUUAUCAUUAUACUUCUAUUUGGAAAGGAAAGUGAUCUUCUAUUCCCUAAAGACAGUAUGCCAUAAGAUGUAGUACUAAGUUUUGCAACAUUGUGUGUAACUCCAAGGAACACGUUAAAUUAUUUAGCAUGGUACUAAAACCUGUUUGAUCAUAAAUUGUUGCUUAGCAAAUACUCACAUGCAAAUAUUUUUUUUACAUUGCUGAUGUGUGGCUAUAAACAUCAAGGCUCCUGUCAUAUGCUUGUCGACUUCGGAAAGUAAAGAGACUAUAACAGGACACUGAGACUAAUAAAACUAAAGCCUCAAUAGCUUAAUGAUAAAGGAGCCAAGACCUCAUCACUGAGAGGAGAUGGUACGAUUUCUGCCCAGUGUACUAUUGACAUACUCACUCAAAACACAGUCUUUUAACAUGGUUGGAUUGGAGGGAAAUGAGAAUAUUGGUCUACAUUUAAAGAUAAGGCAAAUAUUAAAAAAAGCUGAUUUUCGUGUGUUGGUUUUUAUAACUAACUCUAAUUUAGAGUGUCCUAAAAUGUCUGUUCUUAGUAUCUGUGUUGCUGUAUGAUGUAUAGCAUGUUUCCAUAAUUAUGUUUACUUAUAUUGCUUGAUACAGUCAGUAUGCGCAGCAAUUAAGUAAAAUAACAGUCCAUUUAGAGAUAACAGAUGGCCAUUUAAUUUCAUUGUUUUGGUAGUAGUAGUAGUGUUUGAAUAAUAAUUCUUUGAACCCUAAAACCACUAACGACCAAUGAAGAAACUUGUAUGAUGUAAAAACUGCAAAAUCGUGACUAAGACAUACAUAAUGUUGUUUUAUUAUGAUUUUGUUGUUGCAUGUUAGGGUUGUUAAUAAUUAUUAUUUAAUAAUAAUUAUGUUAUUGAGCCAAAAACAGUUAAGAACGCUAUUAACUUACAUAUAUUUGUAAGUAUUUGUUUUUCUCGUGCAUUUAAUGGAUAGCUACUUUGGAUUACAACUUAAACCAUUUUUAAAACAUUUAUCAGUUACUGAUUGACAAUAUCUUCAACUCCAAAUUACUUUACUAAAUAAAAGCCCCAAUAUUAAUAUUAUAUUUAUUUUAAAAUUAGUUACACCAUUUCUUAUGAUGUUUAGCUAACAGCUGUACUAUAAAAUCUAUAUACAAAUAUGUAAAGUUUGUGUCAAAGUUCUAGUCCGCUCUGAUAUUCUUAUAAUAUGCUGAACUGUGCAGCUGGGUUAUAUUUUCGUACUCUGCAACCAUACUGCUUGUGUUCAAAGCGGACUUGAAGUUUGGUGCAUAGUAUAUCUAUCUACCUAUGUCUGGAAGUUUGUAAUGAACAUUGUUUUGUUUAAAAUUGUAUGGACUUUUAUACAAUGUUGCUCACAAACAAUGAAAGCAGUUGUAAGUUAAUUAUUUCAAAAUUAAGUAUUUUAUGUAUAUUCGAAAGUAGUAUACUCUCUAUAAUAUUGCUGCCAUUCCAAAAUUUUACUAAUACUUAUUUGUAUGGUUAUGAUAUAAUUUAUAUUUAGUAUAAUAAAAUAAAAUUUGCUGUUUUAUAUUCAUAAAUAAUUUUUGUAUUGGUUUAUGUUAAAAGUUGUGUGUUAAACCAAAUGUAUGCAUUUAUUUUCAUACACACAUGUGUGAUGUGGGAAAUAUAAUGUGUUUCUUAUUAUAAUAGUGGUUUUAUAAUACGACACAUUAAUAAUAUAAAGUUACAAUAGGUUAUGUUUAGUUUGCACGAUGUUCUCACAAUUUGUGUAUUUUAACACGAAUAUCAAUAAAUAUUAUCAAACCGGUUGUCAAAACUUGUUACUACUUCAUGUUGCUGUGAAAAAGGAAAUAAGUAUGGAAGCCAAGUAAAUGAUGCAUCUAAAAAUUUGGUAUACUUAGUCAGAUGCAAUAAGCUGCGGUGUCGUUACGCGGCCGUUAUCUUGCCGCCGCGCCGCUAUGUUACCCCUGAUAUCUAAAAUUCGGUACAGUUCGACGCAAUCUUUAUGACGUCACGGAAAUAAGUUGUGGUCAUCGCUACGCGCAGGUCGCUAUGUCCUGCCGUCGCGCCCCUACGUCACCACUUAUAUCUAAAUGAUGCAUCUAAAAAUUCGGUAUAGCCCGAUGCAAUCUUCAUGACGUCACGGAAUUAAGCUGCGGUGUCGCUACGCGCAGGUCGUUAUUGUCCUGUCGUUGCGCCAAUACGUUACCGCUGAUAUCUAAAUGAUGCAUCUAAAAAUUCGGUAUAGUCCGAUGCAAUCUUUAUGACGUCACGGAAUUAACUGCGGUGUCGCUACGCGCAGGUCGUUAUGUCCUGUCGCCGAGCCCCUUCGUUGACGCUGAUACCUAAAAUCGUAUAUUGCGCAGCCGUACUGCGUAGCCAAUAAUAAUGCGUAAUAAAUUUGCCAUACAUAUUUCCUUAUUUAUAGUAGCCAAAGCAUUACUGUAGACUGCAAUACAAAAUUACCUCACGAUUAUUUUAAAAAGACUGCAGACAAGCCACUGCGAAUAUGUAAAUGGUGUAUUUUUUUUCAAAUAUAUUGUCUAUUUCAAUCGCUAUAGUAUUUUGUGGUAAUAGCAAAGAUUUUGUUAUAUUUCUAUUAAACUCAGAAUUAAUUUUCUUUCUGAUUUUUAUGUCAUGUUGUAUUCAUUGUGACAGGCAAAGCAAAUUCUUCCCUUUACUGAUGAUAGCCAUUCUUUUCAGUUUGGCGAAGUCGAACCUUUUUGUACUUUAAAGAUGUGUACUAAAAGAGGUACUAAAUACAAAGUAUCUACUAAGUACAGUAGGUGCAUGCGUGACGUAAAUUCUGCGAACUGUGAACUAAAAAAAGCUAGUGUUACGCCAGUUUCCCGUCACCUAUAAGAUUUUUUACCAAACAUUUGAACACCUUCAAUGUUCUUGUUAAAAUUAUAGGUGAAUACCCUCCAACUCCAACGCUUAGACCUACUCAUUACUUUCAAUCAGGCGUGGGUAGUCAAGCGCAAGGACAAUUCAAAAAAUUUAGUUUUUCUCAAACAUGCUUGGAAGCAUUAUUGACAACCUUCUUCGAGAUAAAUCGAACUUGCUGUACUAGUCGAGCAGCGGCCGGCAAUUAUUGUAUGAAAAUCCAUAUCAGUCGUGUCGUGUAAUUUAAAAUUGGAACGAUCUUCUACUCUGCAACAUGGCGACCAAAUAGGUAACUUAUCAAAGGUUUAAUUUAAAUUUCGAACUGGCUUGCACAUUAGAAAACUGUUUAGUGAAAAAAAAAUACUUUGGCGGGUAAAAAACUAUUGUUCACGGUCGUCCAUCAAUGCCUCUUGCCGGCCGCUACAAUAAUGUGCUAUAUAAUGGACAAUAUGACAAUAUCCUAAUACUGUCACGGAUUGUACGCCAUUGCGCGCCACAGACGUUUAUUGAUAUUGCUCAGCUAUAGGUUGAUUACUCAGUCUUGUAUGAACAAUAAGUGACUGCACAGAAAUCCUUAAUCAUGUCAGUGGUUUAUACUAUUUUGUCCGUAGUGACCUAAAACGAUAAAAAAUUUGCUUUGACAAUAUAAAUUAAUUGUGAGUGGUACCUAAUCUAUUGAUUUAUUUCCACAAAAUAUAAUGUAAUUUUGUAGUCAGACUUAAAAAUAUUGCUGCCCAUAUUAUAGACAUGUUUCCGUUCAUGAAUUAUAUUAUUGACAAUAAGCAAGUUUUCUGUUCCUCUAACUCUAAAUACAGUAAAAAAACAUUUCAUUAGAUUAUAGUUAGUAAUACAUAUUUAAUUAAUUUUAUUUUAUUGGAUGUUAUUAUUGUUUCUGGAAACUAUUUACUGCACUUUUAUAAUAACUUUCGUACAUUUAUAAAGCUAUAUGUUGUGGGUAUAUCUUUUCGCAUAUUUAUCGAAUGAAUAAAAUGUAACAUUUAAAUGUAUAUACUGUAAAAUGUUUGGCCAAAUAUUUUGAUGUGUACGUGACGGAAAUAUGCUUUCAGAUAAUAUUCUUGCUUUGGAUAAUAUACACUAAAGGUAAUUUAUAGUAGCGAAUAAAUAUAGGUGUAAAUAA